CGUACAUGUCUUAUCCACGCAUUUCUAUCUACCUACCUAUUCUGGUCCUUGCCACUACCCAACAUCCCCAAACCUCCAAACAGCCUCUACCCCAUGCCCAGAGAAGAAAAAAAAACCCUUCCCUCCAUUUCCCCACCACAAAACGAACCCACCAUGGCAACAACCCCAGAUCAAAAAGUCAUCUUCUUCGACUUGAUGGGCACAUGCAGCGACUGGCUCACCUCGAUCCUCGAAGCCCUCUCGCACGCCCCACCGCACCCCUCACUAACCCCACCCGACCAAGCACUACGCUCUCUCGCCCUCACCUGGCGCGCCGACUUCUUCACCGAAAUCCACGCGCGCAAUGCUGCAAACGCACCCUUUGAAGACAUCGACACCACGCAUCGCCGCAUUCUGGACCGUCUGCUGGCGGCACGCGGCAUCGGGCUCGACGCAUGGGACGAAAGCGUGCGCAACACACUGGUAGCGAAAUGGCAUUCCCAAAAAGCGUGGCAGGAUGUGAUUCCGGCGCUGGAAACGCUGAGGGCACGUGGUGAUUGGUUUUUUGUGGUGCUUGCGAAUGGAACCAUGCGGUUGCAGUUGGAUAUCGCGCAGGCUUCUGGGAUUCCGUUCCAUGCGCUGCUUUCGUCGGAGCUGCUAGGGGCUGCGAAGCCGGAUCUGAAGGCUUAUGAGAAGGCUAUGGAGCUUGUUGGCGUGAAGCGGGAGAAUUGUUAUAUGCUUGCUUCGCAUUUGUAUGAUUUGGAAGCUGCAAAGAAGGCGGGGAUGCGUACGAUUUAUGUGCAUAGGCUAACGGAGGAUGUUGGGGUUGAGAAGGUGAAUUUGGAGGGGGAGCAUAAUUAUGUGGAUCUCUACUUUGAUGGGAGGCAGAUGAAGGGUUGUUUGGCGAGAGGGUUUUGGGGGGUUGCCGCUGAGCUCAUUCAAGAGUCUUUGGAAUGA